GAGAGCUCCGAGAACGGGCACAAGAUCGCCUUCGACCCGCGCGACAUUAGCGAGAAUGUGGAAAGAAGCAAGCAGCCCAAGCUGACGCUGAUGGAGGAGAUUAUCCUCAUGGGCCUCAAGGACAAGCAGGGAUACCUCUCCUUUUGGAACGACAACAUUUCGUAUGCGCUACGAGGAUGCAUCGUCAUAGAAUUGGCGUUCCGAGGCCGCGUGAGCAUGCAAAAGGACUCGUCGCGGCGACGGUUUCCGCUCGCAGACCGGGUGAUUGAGGUGAUUGAUGACACGUUGACUGGAGAGGUGCUGCUGGACGAGGCGCUCAAGAUGAUGAAGUCGAGCGAGAAGAUGAGCGUCAACUCGUGGAUCGACCUCAUGAGCGGCGAGACAUGGAACCUGAUGAAGAUUGGCUACCAGCUGAAGCAAGUGCGCGAACGACUA